AUGGCUUGCAUUAAUACGGACGCUAAAGUCGCAAACCACCACACCGGCUCACUGCCUGCAAACGAAGCCAUGUAUACCCCUGAACCUUCUCAGAAGCCAAACAGUGGGAAAAGGAAGCUCACGAUAAACGCAGACCAGUUCCAGGAGCUUCAUGAGGCGAAAAGAGACACCUUUCGCCGGGACGGCUUGUACGAUGCCCCAGAUGUUCACAGCAAGGCCCUAGCACCAGACACCUAUGCCAGGACAAACGGUGUCGACGGAGACAACUUUUCGGAUUUGAACGACUUUCCAGAUAGCGAAUUUGACAAUGCGGACUUUGAGUUGAAUCGACUAGCUGCUCAUAACUCACCUAUACUGGCCAAGCAGCCCGGAGCCCAAGUUUUCGGCGAUGAUGUCUGGCAAUUUAUCAGUCUCCCGCCUUCUCCGGACGAGAAGCAGCCGCCAUCAAGUGUUCUACGCGAAUUUGACAAUAUUUCCACGUCGACGAACACGACAAAAUUUGACCCUACCCUGCAAUUUUCGCCCCCAAAGUCGACCUCUCCCGCUAUCGACGAGAUAACCAGCUGCGACAAAGGCGUCAGCGACGACAUCAGUUGGGACUACGUCAAAAACCAACUUCGGGAUAGAUACAACCACCGAACGCCAAGUUGCGUCAACGGUCGUGCUGCGAUUAAUUCCGCAGAACCAUCACCUCGAAUCCAGCCAGCGACACCACCAUCAACGGCCGUUGCCGCACCGGCUGGGAUGAUACUUCGCCCCUACAAAACCUGGUUCCAUAUUCGAGAGAUGUUGGAAGCAAAAGAGUCCAUGUAUAAGAAUCAACCAGGCGUCAAAUUCGAACUAUUUGCUCGGGUUGUAUACACACGUCGAGAGAACUUUGAAAAGAAACAACUGUUCCAACUGCGCGACUUGUUCAAAAUUAAUCUGCCCUACAUCUCUGGAGUUCUGCUGCAUUAG